UUUGAGGCAUUGAUACGGCCCUGUAACACCAAUCGAUGUCUGCUGGGAAUUCCACAAGGGGGAACAGCGGAUAUAAUGGUGCAUACGAAAAUUUUGGGCGUGGGGAAUGGAGCGAAAACGAAGAGCCAAUCAGACUAGCAACAAAUGUUGAGUAGUACGUGGCAGCCAAUAGGAGUUCGCCGAUGAACCAGCUUCAUUCAGUUGCUUCAUUUCCCAGAAUUCUAUGCAAAGGAUGUUCGAUUAUCAUGUCCACUAAAAGCGGGAAACGGUUAAGUUGAUUCAGCAUUCUCAUUGUUCUAUAGACGCUAACGUUGGCGCUGUCAUCGAUGUAGAAGGCGGCAUGCGAUGCAAGAAUAUUAUUAGAUGUGGAGAUACGUAAUUUAUUUUUAUUUCACAUUAAAAUUAAUCUAUAUUAAGAUUAAUCUACAUGUUAUAUUAUUAUUUAUUAUUAAAAGGCGUUUAUGCUUUUAUUUUUUCAAUUUUAUUGCUAAUGAAUAGUAUGAACUUUAUUCCAUUGUAUUAUUUAGCAGAAUAACUAAUUCAUUAUUCUUGCCCCUUUACUCAGUCUUUUUUAUUCAAACAAUUUUCUUUUAAAGUAAUUAUCAGUAUAAAGUACUGUUAAACAAUAACUUCUUUGUUUAUAUGUAAUUUUGUAUCAGUUCUUCAUUUGUUAAUAUAGUCUUGCCAGUAUUACUAAAUUUGAAGCUUGUCGCAAGAAAAAAAAUUGUUUUCUUAGAGAACUUUCGUCAAAAAGUUCAUCUUUAAAUUGUCAAAAUGCCUGAACAGAAGAUUUUGAGGCUACAGGAUGUCUGGCGGACUUGUAAUAAAAUACGGGCUGCUAUAUUCCGCGUGGGAUUUAACUUGUGGGAUUAUUAUAAACCUUUAGAUCCCGAUAAUAAUUGUUUAAUUUCAGAGUCCAAGUUCAUAUCUGUGUUUGCUGGCCCUUUGAAAGAUAAUAUUGGUCUAUCUGAAAAAGAAGUUUGUGAUUUAGCAGAUUAUUUUCGUGUUCAGGACGGCCGAAUACUUUAUACACAGUUUUGCACAAUUAUUCACGACAAUGUACCUGAAUUUGAUAAGAAUAAGCCGCUAAUAACAGGCUUAGAAUGGGAAGAUCCCAAACAUGUGAAUCGUUUAAGUCCAACAGAAUAUCGAAAAUUAUGUCUUAUCUUGACACAAAUUGCUGUUCUUGUAAAUAAAAGGCGGCUAAUCUUACGACCCUACUUCCAAGAUUAUGAAUUGAUCUCAAAGAAUGCUGGUACAGUAACAUUCACACAUUUUGGACGAAUUUUAAUGUUCCUAGGAAUUGUACUUGCAUGCGCUGAAUAUUCUUUACUUAUAAAACGAUUUGCCAAAGAUGCCUAUACACUCAAUUACAUAGCCUUCUUGCAGGCAAUUGAUGAAGUUCAAUCUUAUCUGGAUAAACAUGGAAUGUUAUCUCUUGGCGGAGAAAUGCUAGAUCAGUUCCCUGGUCGAAUUAUAACGGCAGAACUACCAAAAUUUCCACGGCCGGAAAUCGGUAAAGUGAUACCAAGCAAAGUAUUCAAGAAGCAAUCAGUUUUUCAUCCGGUGAUGGAAGAAUCCAAAAGUACCAUGGCUUUAAAAGAAAUUGUUCAACGUAUUCAGAGGCACAUUCUCGAGAAUAGGAUCCGUAUUUCUGAAUUUUACAAGAGAUUUGAUCCUCUGAAUGUCGGGAAGGUGACGAUUUCUCAGUUUAAAAGAGGGCUAGACGGCCUCCAGAUUUCCACUUUGGGACGUUUGUACCUUGCGGAAGCAGAAAUUGAUGCACUUGUGACGGUUUAUAAAGAUCCAAAUGAUAUCGACCGUGUGUGUUGGCGUACGUUUGCCGACGAUAUUGAUCAAGUGUUCACCAUCAAGGAGCUCGACAAAUUGCCAAAUUUGAGAAUUGAAUCUCCACCGACUGAAAUAGAACAGUUGAGCCGAAAAGGAGGGUCGAAUUGGCAAUGCGAGGCAACGAGCACCAGAGACCUUUGCGAAGAAGUAUUACAAAAAAUUCGAUUCCGUGUUAACGAACGAAGAAUAUUGAUAAAACAGUUUUUCAAGGAUUACGAUAGGAACAAUAAGGGCCACGUGUCACGGUCCCAGUUACGUCAAGUUUUAAAUACCGCGGCGGUUUUACUUUCUCAAGAGGAGGAAUUCGCGUUGGAGCGACGAUACAACGAUGAUUUAGGAUUCAAUUAUAUAUGGUUGUUGAAGGAGAUCGAAGCGAAACCGAUCGAAGAACCUCUGUACAAUUCUGUGCUGGAAGAGAAAAAGAGACUGAACGCCGAAAGGCCGCCACCCGAAGUCGACGCGGACGAAACAAAUAUUGUUCUAAUCCUGGCUAAAAUCAAAGCGAAAGUUGUGCGAGAAAGAAUCAAAGUUACCGAAUUCAUGCGCCAAUACGAUCCUCACAAUGAACUUGUUAUAAGAAGGACACAGUUUGCGCAAGGGAUCGAUCAAUUACGGUGUAAUUUAACUUGCACAGAACUAAAGACGCUGUCGGACGUUUUUAAAUCACCCUUAAGAUCGAAUUACGUCGAUUAUGUGAAAUUCGGGGAUGCUGUUGAGGAAGCUGUUGCCAUGGGAAGCCUAGAACGAGCACCUCUCUUGGUGCCCGUGCAACAUGUCCCAUCGGAAGCUUCUCGAAAAACCUUUUUGAACUUCGAGGAGAGACAUAUGGCCACGGCUGCGGUCAGCAAGUUGGCUAUGAUGCAGGAGCCGAAUCUUGAAGAAUUGUUCAAGGACUUCGACAAGGAAAACAUUGGUACAAUUUCGAAAGAGUGCUUGAUUAAAGCCCUUUCCAUCCGGCGUAUGUUACACUUGAUAAGUCCCAAAGAGUUGGACGUUGUGCACAAAUGUUUCUCCAUCGAAAGAGGUAAUCGCUUAGAAAUUAACUAUCGGGAAUUCUUACGAGCCUUGCACCUCAUGCGAGAGAACAGAAAGCACGCUCCGUUCUAGAUUAUUUCAGCAUUUUAGCAUUCUAUAUGAACACACUGUAAGCGAUAUAAAUAAAAGAUCAUAGAAACGAUA